ACAGGAGAGGGAGGGAGGAGGGGAGGGAGGGAGGAUGCUGCCAGCGGAAAAUGGCUGCUGCAACCUCAAGCCUAUCCUGAUACACCGAAACGACAUCAAGUUGGAGGAAGAGGAAGAGAGAGGAAGAUUAGGAAAAUGAGAGCAGAUGGAAGGAGAAUGUGAGCAAGCCUGAGUGUUUCCUGACAGGAGGAUCGUUAAAGGAGGGAGAGCGAGGAGACCCUGCGGUGGGCUGCUGCAAGCGGCGGGCAACACCGAGCCAUGGAGGGCGAUGUACGUGUUCGUGCUGUGGUGAUGACACGUGAUGACUCCAGUGGCGGUUGGGUGCCCCUUGGAGGUGGCGGCCUCAGUCAUGUGGUUAUAUGUAAGGGGCGGAGUCACGACGGAAGGGGGCGGAGAGAAUUCAUCAUACGCGGAGAGCGGCUGCGAGAUCGAGCACCUGUGCUGGAAUGUGCAGUCCAAAGGGGGCUGGUGUACAACAAGGUGAAUCCUAUCUUCCAUCACUGGAGAGUAGAAGAUCGAAAGUUUGGCCUCACGUUUCAGAGUCCUGCGGACGCCAUCUCCUUUGAGAAGGGGCUGCAGAUGGUCAUAGACAAGUUAGACAGAGGCUCCGAUUCGCCCUCAUCCUCCACGCCAGAAGAGGCUGACACUGAGGACGAUGGUCAAGCUUCACAUACAGGAAGCGAGUCGUCGUCCAACAGUAGAAAGGAGAUGCUUCCCAAACCCAUCACCAUAGUAACAAGCGAGUCCUCAUCUACCUGUUUUGUGCGGCCUGAAGAGUUUAGCUUUGGAUCCAGCCAUGCCGUCACCACUCACAUGCCUGCUCAGAUCCACACAAGGCCCGGACAGCACCCGCUCUCACAAAUGACCACAGUGUUGAACCCCCCAGCGCCCCCGCCUCCACCUCCUGCUCCACCAACUCCUCCAGUAGGUCCCCCAGCCUCAUCCCCCCUGUCCCCCUUGUCCCCAACAAUUUCACUGCUGGAGGAGGGAGACCUGCGCAUUGUGGACCCUUGCAAAGAUCUUUGGGGUUCUCGGGGUUAUGAGGACUACAGACGUGCGGGGGCCACGAGGACUAUGGUUGGAGGGCUGACAGGGGGAGUGGUUGUUGGUGGUGGAGGGAGCAUGCAGGACAAGUCGGAGCUGUGCGUAGUUCGCUUUGAGAAGGAGCUGGCAGGGGUGGGGACGGCUGGUUGCGAGGUCACUGUGAGCCUGGACAGUAAAGCCUCCCAGCGGCUGUCCUCGUCCUCGCCCACAUGUAUGUCCAUGUCCAAUGCUGUGUCAGGAGUGUCCUCAGGUGCCGGCUCACCCCAGGAGACAGGCAAAGGCUCACCUUCCCCCUGCUGCAUCCAUACCUCGCUGGCCGCGCCCCGGUCACGGACUCGUAAAAGAGGAGGGGCCAGCAGCAGUGGCGACCCGGGGGCAAUCUCACCGGACGAUGACAGUCCAUGCCCCCAGGCUUCGUCGUCAUGUUCAUCCCGCUGCGUGUACUGCCGCUCUGUUUUCAGCGCAUCGGAGAACGGGCGGGGCCGCUGCAGAGACGCCCCGGACCCGGCCCUGCACUGCCUGCGCCAGUGGACCUGUGUGUGGUGUGCAGAAAGCCUGCUCUACCACUGCAUGUCGGACUCUGAGGGGGAAUUCUGGGAGCCUUGUUCGUGUGAUGACUCUAUGGGUGGCCACCCGCACCCCCUGUGCUGUGCCCGCUGGUUGGCCCUCCUGGCCCUGUCACUCUUCGUGCCCUGCAUGUGCUGCUACCUGCCUUUGCGCGCCUGCCUGCGAUGUGGGGAGAGGUGUGGCUGCUGUGGGGGAAAGCACAAAGCUGUCCGAUGAGGCCAGGCGGUGGGGCGAGGGGGGUUCUCUGGACCAAGGGGGUUCUGGUAUCAAGAGCAUCUGUGGUGAUGAAGCAGAUUAGUAAGAACUGAGCCUUCUAAAGACCUCCAAAGCCCCACAGCCUUCCACUGCAUUCAGCUCUUUCUCUUUUCAACUAGAGGCAGGGCUUGCUCACUGGUCCUCGCCUGCUGCAGGUGCGCUGCACUCAGAUCAGACUCUGCAGGAGUCCUCUGAAGAAUUCGUUGUGGAUUUACCGACGAAUGGCUGAUUUAGAGUAAGCCGGCCCGUCACUGACUUUAUACAGAAAGAUGGCGGCAGAGGCAAAAAUGAUGUGUACACUGUUUCAAAUGUCUGUUUUUGUUUUUUAUUUAGAAAAAAAAAUCUUAAAAUACAAAACAAAAGAUGUUUAUAUAUAUAUGAUUGUUAUAAUUUUAAUUGGUAUAUUUUAUUAAAUGUGAAACACAUUGAUAGAAUCCCCAAAUGGCACACAUGCAUUCACGUACUCACACACAUGAGAUUUUAGGGAGUUUGUUUUGUUUUUUACUGACCUGUUCAUCAGUCAGGUGAACAGAUGCCACCCUUUACCUCCAAUUUUACCUCCAAUGUUUCUCAAACUUGGCUUUAAAAAGGGAAAAAAGGGGAGUUUGAAAUAAUAAGAGCACAAAUGCGUGCAGUCUUUGAGUUAAAGAACCACAGUGGAAGAAACCUCGAAUGCAAAGAGACAAUGAUUGCUAAGGGGAGCUGCAACAACAACCAGUAAGACUUAAAAGUCUCUGUGAUUCAUUGCAGUUCUUCAUACCAAAACCUUUGUUCUCUGGUUUAAAAAAAAGGAGAAAACGUCAACAAACAUCCUCACUUUGCACAUAUUUCCUCCCAUUACUCCAUGAACUUUUAAUAUUAAUGAUAAAAAAACAUCUCAUCCCUUCGCUGAACUUUUUUGAGUCAGAUAAGGUGCUUAAAACUGAAGCCUCCGAAUCAGUCAGCUCUACCUAAAACUCACGAAGACCGAACACUUCCCAGAGAAAAACUCAUUUACGACAAGAUUUUAAAGAGGUACACCCAAAAAAUACAAAUAAGUGCAAUGAACAAUGUAUGAAAGAGUAUUUUUAUAUCACUAGUUUGAGAAUUAUUUGGCAGAAAUGGAAACCUGUUGGAAAUGAGAAGUGUGAUGUGUUUCUGUUCGAUAUAAAAAACAAAUAUGGACACAAAAGUGCAGUUUGCGCAGCGGUGUGGCGUUAACGCGCGUUGCAGCUGACAGUAGACAGCUAAUAGAGAGGCAGACUUGAAAAAGUGGAAAAACUGUUUAUCAGACCAGAGUGGCGAAUGGAUUUGCUGAGUGUUGCUUUAAAACUAAGAGGCUGCUAUUUUAAAUACCUGCAUUCAAAACUCUAAAUGUUCAACUGCUUCUGAGAAAUUAGAAAUGUGAGGUGGCAGGGUCACAGCUGGUGAUUUACUCACAUUACUUAUGUCAUGAAUCUGUAGGACAUUCUUCCAAUUUUAACAACAACAACCAGCUUUUCCAGUGACUGAAUAUUUAAACAAAUAUCAGUCAUUUCAAGACAUAAAAUAAAUACGGAGAGGUAUGAAAGCCAUCAAGCUAAAUAUUAUGGGGCUCUUCUGAAAACCCACGGUUUUAAUUAAAAUACAUAUAAAAAAUCUUGCAGAUUUGAAAAUAGCUUUACCACCUUUUAAAAUGAGAUUUAACAGAAAAAUAGAUAACUUUUGCUCAAAGCGAUUUAAAGAGGGGGGGGGGGGGGCGUCUGAUAAAAUUCAGAUUCUCAGUGGCAGAAAGCUCGCCGCCAUCCCUGACUGAUCUGUUUGUGACACGCUCGCGCCGUCCAGCGCUCACGUGGCGCUGCAGACACGCAGAACUAGUAAAGCCAUCGCUCGCUAUGUCUGAUUCAGAAAUGGUCUUAAAAGCUCCGACAGUCAUUGGAAUCACAACUGCAGGUCCCAUUCCUACAUCUUAAUAAAUGUGCCUUUUGAUUUGAGUAAUCAAUAACUUAUGAUUUCUAAGUAACUCUGUAUUAAGUACUUUUUUGGUUCUUGAUUUCUGACGGUGUGCAUAUUUUCACAUGUACGUAUUUAUUAGUUUCAAAGUACUUAAUGAGAUAUUACCUGUUUAUUUAUUUAUUGAGAUAUUUAUUCUGAUUCUUUAUUUUUUUGAGACAGGUUUUUAUCUUCUGUGCUGUCUGACUUCUGACUUUGUGCCAAUGUGCUGCUUUGAGGUGUUACAUAUCGUGGGUUUGUAUCAUUAUUAAACCCUCACUCUAUAUUUUAAA